UGGCAUUGGCAGAAACUGAGUGCCUUCACCGAAAGUAGAGUAAGGUCUGACGUUAGUUGAGAGUCUGAUGAUUGUCCUUGUGUUAUUAGUUGCGUAAACACUGAAAAUAGAAAGCUAGUGUCAAAUAAUAAACCUCGUAAAGACAGAGAUCGCGUGGUUGAGUGUGAAGCCCAUCUCCGUGAUCGGGGAGGGAGGAGGAGAGGCCAAAGAAGACAACUGCAACUGAAGGAAAAAAAAGUGUCUUCAGUUCCUACCGGAUUAGCUGAACGUCGACAAAUUAUCUGUUUAUGAUGGCCUCGGAAGAGCUCUACGAGGUCGAGAAGAUAGUAGACAAGCGGAAGAACAAGAAGGGCAAGAUGGAGUACCUGGUCCGCUGGCGAGGCUAUGGCUACGAGGGGGACACGUGGGAGCCAGAGACGCACCUGGCUAACUGCAUGGAGUUCAUCCACGAGUUCAACCGGCAGAUGAGCGAGAGGCAGCGGGACGGCUCUCUCAUCCGGUCCACACGCAGCUCGCCCCACAUCAGCUUCAAACAUUCGUCCUCCGGUGGCAGCAACAACGCACGCAAGCAGAUCUCACGACCUCCUCCCCACAGCCCCAGCGUCAGCCAGCCUCUGGUGAAGACUGUUAGCUCGCCCACUUCUUCAGUGCUAACCAUUAGCCCCACAAAGCAGCAUCAGCAGCAACAGCACUUGCCCGAUUUGAAGGACUCAUUUGGCAUGCAGCAGUACCAACAACGACCACAACAACAACAGCAGCAGCAGCAGAUGUCAAACCAAAAGUAUAGACGAUCAGGCGCUGUCACCGAUGGUGUUGCCAGCUCAGGUUUGACUGUAUUGCCAGCUGUUAAUACUGUACGCCGGAGCAUGGACCUCGCCAAGUCCGGCAUCAAAAUCCUUGUGCCUAAAAGUCCCAUGAACAGUCGGACUGACUCGGAGGAGUCGCCCAGCGAGGCCGCCCAGGGCCUCGAGCAGGGCGGGCAGGAGCCGGACUCGGUGCCUCCUGAGGUGGCGCUGCUGGAAAAGCCAGUGGGCAUCCUGCUGGGGCCUGGAGAGGAGAGGGCACGGAUGGGCACACGGCCUCGCACACAGACCACUCUAGCCUCUCCACAACUCCCCAUCACGCCUGCAGCUAUGCGCAUUCUCAACGGAAAAGGUACUUCCACCUUCACGGAGACGUCGGCAGCUAAUGGGACAGCUAGCUUGCAGACUGCGGUUACUGGAGUAACUAGUGCCUCUGGAGUGAGUGGGAAGCGGCGCUUUGAAGAGCGCACAGCUGCCUUUGACAAACGUUUACGGUUCAGCGUGCGUCAGACAGAGAGUGCCUACCGGUAUCGGGACAUCGUGGUGAAGAAACAGGAUGGCUUUACACACAUUCUGUUCUCUACAAAAUCUUCAGAGAACAACUCCCUGAACCCAGAUGUGAUGAAGGAAGUACAAAGUGCCAUGGCCACUGCAGCCGCUGAUGACAGUAAGCUGGUGCUGCUUAGCGCUGUGGGAAGUGUUUUCUGCUGCGGCCUGGACUUCCUGUAUUUCAUACGCCGCCUCACUGACGAUAGGAAGAAGGAGAGCAUAAAAAUGGCUGAAACAAUUAGGACAUUUGUGAACACAUUUAUCCAGUUUAAGAAGCCCAUUGUAGUUGCUGUGAAUGGGCCUGCCAUAGGGCUUGGUGCCUCGAUAUUGCCCUUGUGUGAUGUCAUCUGGGCCAAUGAAAAAGCCUGGUUCCAAACGCCCUAUGCCACCAUUGGCCAGACGCCUGAUGCCUGCUCAUCUAUCACCUUCCCUCGCAUCAUGGGUGUCGCCUCGGCCAAUGAGAUGCUGCUGAGUGGGAGGAAGCUGACCGCUCAAGAGGCUUGCGCCAAGGGCCUCGUGUCACAAGUACUAUGGCCAGGCACUUUCAUGCAGGAGGUCAUGGUGCGCAUUAGGGAGCUAGUCUCUUGUAAUUCCAUUGUUCUGCGGGAGUCCAAAGCACUGGUGCGGAACUCCAACCGGACCACCUUGGAGCAGGCCAACGAGCGGGAGUGCGAGGCGCUAAAGAGGGUCUGGGGCUCGGCCCAGGGCAUGGACUCCAUAUUAACAUACCUGCAGAAUAAAACAGAUGAAUUCUAAACUGGGCAAAGAAGAGGAACAGACAGACCCUCUGCAGCUUCAAGCCCUCUUCUGACUAAGAAGUCCAUCCUCAAAAGUGCCUAGAGGGAACGAUUUUUUUUUUUUUUUUACGGGACACAAUCCUCUAAUCUCCAGUAUGAGUUUGAUCGUCAUCCAUCUGAAGAAAAAGAUGAACUUGUUUGAAUCCGCCCCUGGUAGUUUCUCUUAAAGUGGUUAACAAUUUCUGACUCUGUGGAUGGAAAAGAUUUUUGUAAGGCUGUAGUGAUCUCUCAGGUCGUUUGGUGUACAUGCUUAUUUGGGCCUAUCUAUGCUUGGAGUUGGUGGUCAGUCAAGGUAACGUUUUACUUUAACCAACCACAUAGAAUAUACUCAGUGUGCACAGCUUAGGCAUUUGUGGAACAUGGUGAAAUGGGGAGGUUGCCUAGGCUAUUGAUGGAGUUGAGAACAACACAGUGGGUGUGUAACAGGUAAAGUGGACAUACAACAGAAGGCUUUCCACUAUGGGACUGUAACAGAGGUUUCAUGUUGGCCUUGAGGUAGUCACAGGGAAUACCUUACCUCAGAGCUGUACACACAUGACUUUUUUACUGACUGGCUCUCCUAAGAUCAUCACGGUGGGACCUGAAGCACCAUAUAAGAUGGGCUCACACUUCACAGAUAAGGUAUUAUGUAAUUGUACCUUGUAGACCUUGCUGUUUGUCUUAUUUGUGUAGUAAUACAGUGGAAUUGCCAAAGCUAAAGUCGCCACUGACAAAUGCUUUGGGUCAUUUUUAUCACCAAAAAUGUUUGAGGUUACUAUCAAUGCUAUUGCCUAAGUUAAGUGUAGUCAUUUUUUAUUUAAUGCUAAGUUAAAGAAAUAUGAUGUGAGUCUGUCAGGAAAAGUGACUGCAUUUUUGAGUGUGCGUGUCUAUAUGUGUGGAGGGCCUGUGGAGAUCCAAAGUGUUGCCUUGUACAUCCCCGUUCGUGAAGGCCCAUCCUGAUGUGAACUUGAUCAAAUUUGCACUUUGACUCAAAAUGGAAUUUGGGUUGUCUUUUCCUCUGUGGUUAGAGGGAGGAGUAUGUCAAAGCACAGCAGUUGUGUUGGUCCUUAGUACCACAAGUGGACAGUCUGUCUGCCACACAAAUUUUAAAAAAUCAACAAAACAUAAUCCAUAACCUUCCAUCUUCCUUGGUGAAACCUCCAAUGCUUCCUUGCUGACUUGGCACUGUGCACUGCUACCCAGCUGUUGGUGGUGUCUAAAGUGCUGGUCAAACGUGUGUUUUUUUUUUUUGUUAAUUAUGCUUCUUUGUAAAUAUUGUAUUGCCAUUGUGUUUUGUUAAUACAACCUCCUCCAUGUCACAGGCCAUUUUCCCCAUUAUCCUCACAGGCUAGAGUAAUCAACGGCUGGAAUAAAUACCCACUUAGCUAACUUCACCCUGAAAUCUUUUAUGGAAAAAAAAACUACUGUUUUCUUGUAGUGAUGAAAUAAUUAUUAUUUAUGCAGUGCUAAGUAUUUAAAUAUUUAAAACUGAUUGAACAUAUAGAUCUGUCUGUAUUAUUAAAAAGUUGAAAAAAUAAUUAUCUACCACCCUAAGUUUGAUUUAUGUACUUUUACACUUAACUUUAGGGUAAAUCUUUUAUAUAUUUGUCUUUUUAUUUAACAUCCUGAUGUGGUUCCCGCAAUGUAAAUGGCACGUUCAUCUCAUUUGGAAGACCAUGGUUACUCUAAAUUGGAUAAUUUCAUCAAAUUCAUGUCAGUGUCAUGUCGAAUCUGAGUUUUUAAGGGUGAUAAAAAUGAAGCAUCCCAUCAUUCUAACUAGACUAUUGAAAUUAUGGUCCAUUUCCAACUGUGAGGCCCAAACAACUUGUAUAACUGGACGUAAGGGUAUGUGUUCCACAAAUCGAUCUGAUUAAAACUUACCUUGCAGACCUUCCACUGAUUUUUCUCCUUAAAAUGAAAGAGAUUAAAAUGGACCUCUACAGAUGUAUGUGUGAAGUCCUAAACUGUUUCCCAGAGUGGAGAACUGUAUAUAAUGUGGAUUGCCUUUAGGAUAAAAUACUGGUACAGUAUUUUUUCUGUCUCUGGAUCUUUUCCAUGUAGUUGAACUUGUAUACAAAUGGAAUAUAUAAAUGUAUACAUACUUACACUGUACAAUCUGUAAAGAUUUUUUUAAUAGAUUCAUAAAAUAUAUACAACUGUCAAAAUAAACUUAUUUCACAUA